AUGGAGCGCUUGGUCAGAGUUCCCUGUGGCUUCUACCCGGGCUAUGGAAACACGCUGCCUUUGGGCCAGCCUGGACACUCAGGACACAAACAACCCCACUGGAGACAGGACAUGGGUCCCCCCACUUUCCUGGCUAGGCCAGGGCUGCUGGUGCCUGCGAACGCCUCUGACUACUACAUGGACCCUUACAAGAGGGCUCAGCUCAAGGCCAUUCUUGCGCAGAUGAACCCCAACCUGAGUGUACAGCUUUGCAGGGCCAACACCAGGGAGGUGGGCGUCCAGGUGAGCCUGCGGGUGGACAAGUCCGUGCAGUGCUCGCUGGGGCCUCGAACUCUGCGCAGCCGAUCACCCCGGGACAGGACUGGCCCCGGGGAGCCUGGGACAGCCCGGGGAGCCUACUCACCAGUGAUGGGCCCAAGGGGCCGGAUAGGGCUGCCAGAUGGGGAAGAUGUAAGCAAGGCGCCUUCUGGCCCUACUGAGACCAGCCAGCAGUCAAGGCCAACUCCAAAGUCAGAAGAUGACAAGCAGGGAGAGGAAGGUGUUGCGGGUCCUCAGGAAAGGAAGAGCAAGCAGAUACAUGGAGAUGCAGCCAUGGAUCCACUCCGGAAACCUAACUUUCAGUUUUUGGAACCAAAAUAUGGCUAUUUUCACUGUAAAGAUUGUGAAACCCGAUGGGAGAGUGCUUAUGUGUGGUGUAUUUCUGGAACUAAUAAGGUUUAUUUCAAACAACUCUGUUGCAAAUGUCAAAAGAGUUUUAACCCUUAUCGAGUAGAAGCCAUCCAUUGUCAGACCUGUUCAAAGUCUCGUUGUUCCUGUCCUCAAAAGAAAAGACACAUUGAUCUAAGGAGGCCUCAUCGACAGGACUUGUGUGGUCGCUGCAAAGACAAGAAAUUCUCCUGUGGCAAUAUUUACAACUUUAAAUACAUCAUAUGA